AUGUCUUCCGAUAACGGGAACUCGACCACCAACGUAAACGACAUGGCUCGGCAGCGGCGCGGUUCUAUCACCUCGAGCGCCUUCACCAACCUCUUCCGUAACAACUCGGUCUCGCAACCCACCACGGCACCUUUUUCCACUCCACUAAGCUCCUCCGCCGCUAACGAUCAACGCCGGAGGCUCUCUGUCACAACGCUUGGGCUUUCAGGCACUUCCCCGACGACUUCGGCCCUCUUUCGCCGCGGUAGUCUGUCUACGAACUCGGAUUCGAUCGACGAGAACGCUAUUGAGGAUGAGGAGAGCACCCGCACCGCGCCGGUGACCCCGUUCUCCCGCCGCAUGAGUUUCGGCGCCUCUCAAGCUAUGCGAGGCUCGCGAAGCGCCACUACUCCUGGCAACAAUGGUAGGCAGACCCAGUCGGUCCGUCGCAGCAGCACCGCCCUCGGUAGCCCACCCACGCCGCCACUGCCCUCUUCCGGCAUUGGGAACUACACGUGGGGCCAGAUCUCUUCCCAGGCAAGCACUGCAAACCAGUCCAGAACAGCUUCUGACUUCUGCCCCACUUCUGCUCGAUCAGACCAAGGCUUCAAUUGGUCCGAUCAGCUUAGGUCUCGCGCCGAGAGCACCGUCGCCUCCGGCCCCCGGCCCUCGUUCUCCUUGGGUUCGGGUCUCGGUGGAUCCCCUCCCCGGGCCGGCCCAAUCCCAGCUCCCAGCAGCCCUCGCCAUGACCGGGCCAAAUCCGUCUCUGACAUGCCCGCACCUCCGGCACAGCCCCCGCGACCGCGGGGGCCCCAAAAGCCCGAUGCUUUCCAGGAGAGGAUUCUGAAGGGCGAUUUCUACAUGGACUAG